GUCCGAGGAGGGCACAUGCGCAUCCAACCAUCCAUGCUACACUGCCUUGACCUUUUAACUUGAACUUCAUUUUUUUUGCGCUCUUUUAGAGUUACUAGAGGGUCAUAGAAAAAUCUAAUUACUUACUAGUCCAAUUUGCCACAACCCCAACCUGUCUUGUCACCGCCAGCGUAACAUCACCUGUUCUUGCAACCGCCAGCUGUCAUGCAACAUCUCCCUGAUGAGCUCGACUUUAAUCGCAGGCAUCGCUUCCUUGACCCAGAUCAAAAUAGUUCAGCUAGGGAACGAGCAGCAAGUCAACCUCCAAGAACAAACCUCACAAGUCUACGCAACUCUCCUUCAUCUUCAUCAGCAUCUCCUUGGUCUUCUUCCUCACCCCGCAUCCUCCAACCAACAACAACAACAUCUCGCACAACAACAGGUCUCCCAAUGAGCGUACCAACCCGUAGCUCCUCCUUCUCAAACCCACAAUCAAACUACAGCUCCGCACUCCGCGAAUCCCAUUUCGAGAGUACUUUCGAAGACGACGAAUCAGAAGCACUCUCAGAUACCUAUGACCAUCAUGAUGACGACCGCUACGUACCCACUUCAUCCCGUGGCCGUUCCUACGCCCCCGAUCUCACCCGCAGCCGCUCUCAAAGCCUCGCUACCACCACCGCUCGUCCAACUUCAAUCACAAGUCCAUAUCACCAAUCUAACUUAUGGGCAGAUGCAUCUUCGAACCCGCUUAAUAUCCCUGCUGCUAGGUAUGGCGAGAUCAAACCACCCGCUUCUAGUCGCUACGGGAGCCUCGGCGCUAUGGGCAGGUCCCCGCUCGCCGAUAACGGCUAUCCGAACAGGAACACCAUCGACGUCUCCAAUAUGAGUCCAUUUGUCCGUGAUGUCGGACAGAUCCUUCUAGAUGACGGCUCUGCAUUCCGAGAACUCUGGGCCGGUAUGAACCCUCCAAAAGACGAGAACGGCGGAGGCGGAAGUGGGACUACUAGUCGGAGACACAGCGUUUCUGUCGUUCAGCCGAGGAGACCUACUAUUGUGGGGUUUAAUGCGCCCGAGAGCCCUGGGGACGAGACGCAUGGACAUAGGAGUGCUGGCGUGUUUAAUGCUCAGCCGUUUGGAGGGAGAGGGGGUCUUAUGCUUUCGGAUGAUGAUUUAGCUGCUGAUCUUGGGAUGCUGAGCCUCAAAGAGCCCGGUGCGCCGUCUACGUCAUCAACCACCAGCCAGCCAUCCUCUCUCCCCAUCUACCCACGCAGCCCCCCCUCAUCAGACCGUAUAUCCCCGUACCACCUCAACAUCCCAAGCGGCACGAGCUUCGCCUCCCGCCAACAAUUCGGGUCUCCAAGCGAGAGCGCGCUGUCUACGGGUGGAAGCCCCCCUCGCGGCCAUUUUGAACAACAGAUCCUCGAGGCGCAAUACGGUCAACAACAGCUCGCGGCGCGGUUCAUCCCAGGGCAAGGUAUCCAGUACCUCCCUAUUCAGAACAACGGCGCUGGGUUCUCACGCGCUGGUCCACUCUCACCCACCACCUCCCGUCCCAUCCAACCCCAACAAGGCCCCUACUACCACCAAAUCCAGCGCCGUCCCUCAGACGCGAGUCAAACCCAGGGCCAAACCCCACUCAGUGACCUAGGCAAAGGUCUCCCCCUAAGCAGCGUCCCGGCCUCCUGGCCCCUCUACAUCGUCGAAUUCAAAGCAGGCCGUACAGACCUCUUCUACCUCACUGACCUAAGCCAAGAUAUCCGCGUUGGGGAUUUAGUGAUCGUCGAAGCGGACAGGGGAAAGGAUUUGGGGAAAGUUGUUAAUGAUAGUAUCACGCUGAAGGAGGUGGAGGCGUUUCAGCGGGAGGUUAGGGAGAGGGAGGCGGGGGAGGUGAUGAGUCCUGGGGGGGUGAGUGCGGGUGGUGCUAGUGCUGGGGCGGGGAAGAAGGAGAUUAAUCCGAAGAUGAUUUAUGGGAAGGCGCAGGCUCAUGAUACUCAGCAUUUAGUGACGAAGAUGCAAGAUGAAGUUAAAGCGCUGCAAUUGUGCCAGAGUAAAGUUCGGCAGAAGAAACUCCCUAUGGAGGUUAUUGAUGCAGAGUAUCAGUGGGAUCGACGUAAACUCACAUUCUACUUUAUCGCUGAAAAACGAAUUGAUUUUCGAGAGCUCGUGCGGGAGUUAUUCCGAUUGUAUAAAACAAGGAUCUGGAUGGCCUCUUUACAAGGCCCAGGAGGGUACGAGCAGUAAUUGCUCCCUAUACAAGUGACGACGGAAGGAGAAAACAAAUCUUUUAUCAAUCUCAAUCUCAAAAACGCCAAACCAGAACCCAACGCAAACGCAAACUAUCACGACCCCAUAACGCCAGCCAU